UUUGAUCCAUUGGUAUGACCCACUGUCAUGGCUCCCUGACCAAGUGGCCAUUUAGCCCUGUUACGGGAUCAAACUAUUGGAGAAAUAUAACAUUUAUUCACAUACUUGAGCAAAUUGUUUGUUUUUAGCGACUCAGCUUUUGUUUGGCCUGGAUAAUUCGCCAUGGCGGGUACCAGCACGGCUCAGAAAACAUGGGAGCUAUCCAACAGCAUGCAGGAAGUUCAAAGCAUAGACGAAAUCUACAAAUACGACAAAAAGCAACAACAAGAAAUCCUCGCUGCGAAGCCAUGGACAAAGGAUCAUCACUACUUCAAGUACUGCAAGAUCUCAGCCUUGGCCCUGUUGAAGAUGGUGAUGCACGCCCGGUCCGGGGGGAACCUGGAGGUGAUGGGCCUCAUGCUGGGGAAGGUGGACGGUGAAACCAUGAUCAUCAUGGACAGCUUUGCCCUGCCCGUGGAGGGCACCGAGACCCGGGUCAACGCCCAGGCUGCAGCCUACGAGUACAUGGCGGCCUACAUCGAAAACGCCAAGCAGGUUGGCCGGCUGGAGAAUGCGAUCGGCUGGUACCACAGUCACCCCGGCUAUGGCUGCUGGCUUUCUGGCAUAGAUGUCAGCACUCAGAUGCUCAACCAGCAGUUCCAGGAGCCUUUUGUGGCCGUUGUGAUCGACCCCACUCGGACGAUUUCCGCAGGAAAAGUCAACCUCGGCGCCUUUAGGACCUACCCAAAAGGUUACAAACCUCCUGAUGAGGGACCCUCAGAAUACCAAACAAUCCCCCUGAACAAGAUUGAAGACUUUGGUGUUCACUGUAAACAGUAUUACGCCUUGGAGGUAACUUACUUUAAGUCCUCUCUUGAUCGAAAGCUUCUGGAACUCCUUUGGAACAAAUAUUGGGUCAAUACCUUAAGUUCCUCAAGUCUCCUCACGAACUCGGACUACACCACGGGCCAGGUGUUUGACCUGUCGGAGAAGCUGGAGCAGUCGGAGGCCCAGCUGGGCCGAGGUAGCUUCAUGCUCGGCUUGGACACCCACGACAGGAAGUCUGAGGACAAACUGGCCAAAGCAACGCGAGAUAGCUGCAAGACAACCAUAGAGGCAAUUCAUGGCCUGAUGUCUCAAGUCAUUAAAGACAAGCUCUUCAAUCAAAUCAACACGUCUGGCAACUGAACCUGAACUACGAGCUGAUUUGGAUUUUACCUGGAAGUGUUUUCUUGUGCGUAUCCAGCACUUACUGGUAUAUUGUUUAUGUUUAACUUUGAAAAGUAGAAUAUUGGGGUUGCUUUUUUUAAAAGUUACAUUUCUUAUUUGGGUUAUACAGUAAAAAAUAAAAAUAAAAAUUGCAUCUGCUGUCUGGGUAUUUCAUACACAAAGAAUAUUAUUUUCAUUUUAAUCUACAUUAUACAACCGAAACACUUCUGAUGGGUCAUUUGUGAAUAUAAUUCAGCAUUCUUUGGACGUGGGGGUCUGACUGCAGCCUCGUGUCCCUUUUUCACGCUUUGGCUGUAUACAAAACUCCUUUUGCCCUGUAUUCUCCUGCAGCCCAACAUCUAAACACCCACCACGGGCGCGUUUUACCACACUAGCCUAACCUCGCACCGGUCAGUCAUUCAAGUGCAGCAUUACAUAAUGGAACAACAAACUCCAGCUUCUGCACAGGCUCAAAGGGUAUCGGCUGCGGCGCGUGGGACGUCUCUGCGGAGUCCCUCCCGGAGCGGUUCGGCUCUUCGGUGGCACCCACACACACACACACACACACUCCGGGGCGCGGCGGGCCGGCAGUGAUGCAGCGCAGAAACAGAAGCCGCGCACACUGGAGUCCAUUCACCCGGCGGCUCUGCUCUGCGUCGACGCGGACACUCGCCGAGUCUGCCUUUUUUUAAGGGCCGGCCGCUCUUGGCUCGGCUUCGUGUCAUGUCUUUUUCGUAGCGGCAUUGUAAUGGGUAGAUGUAUAUUUUUGAUGUCAUGUAUUGCAGAGGAAACGAUCCCAGUGGGGCGGAGGGAGUGUCUGUUUUUUCUCAUGCGAAUGAGUUUUGGCACAGCUUUUUAUAAUGGUUUUGCUUUUACCUUUAUUCAAGCCAUGUUCUAAAUUGGAAGGUGUUCGGUAUAGUGGUUUUAAAGAGGAAACCUAUUAGAUUAUCCUUAAUGUAAUAAAAUAAAUGUGAAACACUUGAAUAGGUUUUCUGCACACAG